AUGGAUUCCAUAUCACAAGAUCUAAGGGAUACCAGUAUCGAAGAACUGGAGCGUUUCCUACAGCCUCACUGCGUAUCUGUGGCACUCGAACUGGCUGACAAUAUUAAGAAUGAUUCGGGUGAUAUCUUCCUUAACUGGAUCAGUUCGGGCUGGGUUGACUUGCCUGAUGACGAUGCGAGUGGUGGUGACCCACUACAAGGUAGCGGGGGCCUUGGAGCAAAUAUUCAUGAAGCAUUUGGUACUGUGCGAGUACAAGCUACCGAAGCAAUGCAAGCUGUUUACGUUGGUAACCAAAGAGUUUCGUCUCGAGAAGCUGUAUGUCGGGCGCUCCGGGCCAUUUUUGAUUGUCGCCGAACGCUACACCACGACAUCAUGAGACGCCUUGCAAGACCGGGGCUAAAUGAUAGGACAGAAAUGGGACCAUUCUUUGCCAAAAUGUUCCUGGAAGAAUGCGACAAGGAGCUUGUCACGAUAUAUUCCGUGUUAACGGACGAGACCAGUGUAGCUUAUAAGGAGGAACUGGAAGCACUGCAGCAGGUUGAAAGGAAUUGGAAGAUGCAGAGAGAUAACUGA